AUGGAGUUACCAGUGCCGCAAGCCGAUGCUACUGCAUCUGCAGUCAAGACCGCAUAUAUUACAACCGGAGAUAAUUGCAAUCUGGCUUAUAGCCAGCAAGGCCCAGAAAACGGCAGACCGCUACUCUUUCUCCACGGUUGGCGUCAGACAGCUGCGCAAUGGAAGAAGCAGGUACUGCACUUUGCUAAGGCCGGUUUCAGAGUCACGACAUACGAUAUGCGAGGGCACGGCGAUUCCGAAAAGCCCACCUUUGGUUAUCGCACCAGCCGGCUCGCUGCUGAUCUGAACGACCUUCUGAGAACACUUCAACUCAAAUACCUUACCAUGGUCGCUCAUUCGAUGGGAUGUUGUGUCCUUUGGGCAUUCUGGGACCAAUAUCCCGACUCUCACAAGCUUGUCAAACGACUUGUGUUGGUCGACGAGCCUACGACUCUCGUCGGUGACCCCAAUUGGCCUGAGGGCAAGGAUAAAGAGCGCGCAGCAAUAUUUACCCCGGACGCUGUAUUCAAUACUGCGCACAAUAUGGCAGAUGUCUUGCUUCCUUUAAUCAGGGGCAUGUUCUCAAGCUCUAUUACAGAAGAAGAGUUUGAAUGGGUUAUGGAGCAGAACCGGAAGAUAAGCGACAAAGACGCCGCUGCGCUGCUGAUUGACCACGCCUUCAAUGAUUGGAGUGAUGUGCUUCCGCGAAUCAACGUUCCCACACUGGUUAUUUCGGGAGAAAUAAGUAUUCUACCUGCUGCUGGAGUUAACUGGGUCACUUCUCAGAUCCCUGGUGCUAAGGGUUAUACCUUCUCAACUGCCGAGAAAGGUAGUCAUUUCAUGUUUUGGGAGAAUUAUGAGAGGUUUAACUCACUAGUUGAAGGUUUUUUGUUGGAAAGCUGA